GCAUGCAUGCAUGGCCGAGCCGGCGCUGCGCUGACUUGGUUUUCUUCAGGCCGAACUAUACGACUUUCCACCAAGCCUGCUUACAUUUGCCUCGUUUCAUGCGGCACAUCGAAGUAUCUCCGUCCAUGCUGAGGUUUUUAUAAACUCGUUUUAUGCCACGGCACAUUUGAAUGACUCGGGUCCGAGUAAGGAAAGAGCUGAUCCUAGUUAUCCAGCCGUGACAAUCCAGCGACAACGCCGAAGACACGGACACAGAUCCGAGGGAGGACAACGUCAAGGAAGACACGGAACUGUCUGUAGCGCACAGGUUCUUUGGAGUUACUUAUUAUUCCAAAGUUCUAGAACAAUUGGACAGAUUUAUGCAUGGACUACCCUGUUAUUACCUUUAAUAUCAUCUAUUUAUAUAGCUGCGUAACCUAUAGUUGCAGAAACUAUUAGUGCGCAAAUAAGAGUUGUUCCGAGGAGAUCACUAUUCCUCAUUGUGUUUAAAAGGCUAUUCAUGGUAGACCUACUGAAGGAUACCGUUUUUAAGGCUCUAAAUUCAUGUGUAUAAUAUUUGUGGCAUUCCACAUCUGCGGUUGAAGAGGAUGCGCUUGUUGCUAUGAAUACAUUAUACGAGCAUUGACUGAAAUAAUAUUUAUUUCAAACGGACCCUCAACUAAUAUUGCAGCAAUUUUUUUUCACCGAUUGCAAUUAUUUUGUAUUCCACAAAAAAAACUGAUUGUGCUUUUCUAGAACUGAAUGCAAAUACUGAACUUUUUCCAAAUGUCAAUUCAAGCUUCAGCAAAAUAACUUCCUCGCGAAGUAAUCCAAUCAGUUCGUUAUAACCAGAGAGGAAUCAACUGAGAUAUAAGACAAUUAUAAUUUAAAAGCCUUCAGAUGGGAAAAUCAUUUCAUUCUUUCUGUUCAUUCGAAUAAUUCUAUUGCGCGAGACGCUGCAUCGAGAGGGACUUUGGCGUGGCCAAGUUCGGGAGCUUUGCCGCAGGUGGAAAUGAUCCUGUUCGUUUCCCUGGUGUUAUGGAUGUGUGCAUAUGGCCAAGAGCCGGCGUCCAAGGUGGUGUCCGACCGCUAUGCCGUCUACUGGAACCGGACCAACCCCAGGUUCUACCGGGGUGACUACCACAUCGACGUGUGUAUAAAUGACUACCUGGACGUCUUCUGUCCCCACUACCUGGACUAUGUCCCUGAAGAGCGGAUGGAGCGCUAUGUCCUCUACAUGGUCAACUACGACGGCUACAGCUCCUGUGACCACACCGCCAAGGGCUUCAAACGCUGGGAGUGUAACAGGCCCCACUCCCCCAACGGACCCCUGAAGUUCUCCGAGAAGUUCCAGCUCUUCACCCCCUUCUCUUUGGGCUUCGAGUUCCGCUCCGGCAGAGAGUACUACUACAUCUCAUCCACCGUUGCUGACAAUGGAAGGAGAAGUUGCCUUCGACUGAAGGUGUUUGUCAGACCAGCAAACAAUUGUGUGAAAACUGUCAGUGUUCACGAUCGGGUCUUUGACGUCAAUGAGAGGGUGGACAAUUCCCUAGAACCAAGAGAUGAUACCAGUCACGAAUCAGCCGAGCCGUCCCGAGGUGACGUCAACUCGGUGGGCCGGGUUCAGACCACUGGCCUGCUGGUCACCUCCGCCCUGGUUCUCUGUGCAGCCAUCUUGUCUUUAUAGCUCCCAGCCUGAGGGUUUUAGACAGGGCGGAGUGGACCAUACAACCCCCAAGGUGCACUUUUUAAAAGAAAGUCUGAGUGCCGGGGAGAGGUGGACUUCUAAGGGGGAAGACCUUUUUAAAAACUUUGCUUUGGGGAGUUAAGAUGCCAAAAGCCUUUUUGACUCUCAUUUUGUCAUUUUACUUUCCUAUAGAUGUUAAUAUUUGAAGGUCAUAGUAUCCCAGUGAAUUUGCUGUCCCCAUCAUUUCUCUCUCUCUCUCUCUCUCUCUC